CCGGAAACCUCUAUAAUAGCGAUUCCUCCAAGAGCGCCGGUCUCAGCGAUGCGAAAGGCAGAGGUCUUGAAAAUUUUCAAGGGUUUACAUAGGACAAGGCAAAAUGUGUUCAAAGGUGACACCAGAAGCUUAGAUGCUGCAAGACUUAAGAUAAAUGAAGAAUUCAAAAAUAAUAAAAAUGAGACUUCUCCUGAAAAAAUAGCUGAGUUUAUAAAAAUAGCUUCAGAUGUGGAAGUUAUACUUAGAACAUGUGUCCUACAAGGUGUUUAUGUGGAUGCCAAUAAAAUAAAGCUUUUACCAAGAAAGGAGGUGCUGCGAGAUAAUGCCCCUUACUGUGACACACCGAAGCAAAACACAUGAACAGAAUAAAACUUUUGAUUAAUUAACAAUGCCAUGUAAUUUCUUUUAAAAUAAAAUUGCUUUCCUAUAA